AUGGGUGCCGCAUUCGCUAACAAAAACGGAACAAAAACACGUGUCAUAUGUGAAGAUACACCAACUGAUGAAUGCAACGAAGUAAACGAUCAUGUUAUAAGUAAGCAAUUGACCCAAUGUACAACUGCCGUAAAGGAAGUGAAGGCUAUAGAGAAACCUUUUGUAUGUGAAAUAUGCACCAAACAAUUUUCACAGAGAUCUUACUUAAAAGUUCACAUGAUAACGCACACUGGGGAAAAACCUUUUGCGUGUGAAAUAUGUGCUAAGCAGUUUUCACGAAGUAUACAUUUAAAAUACCAUAUGUCAAAACAUUCUCAAGAAAAACCAUUUAAAUGUGAAAUAUGCUCUAAACAGUUUACUCAGAGUCCUUCUUUAAAAGUACAUAUGAAAAAGCACACCGGGGAAAGUCAAGUUGAAUGUGAAAUUUGCUCCAAACAAUUUUCAUACAGAUUUAACUUAAAAGUUCACAUGAUGACGCACACUGGGGAGAAACCUUUUGAAUGUGAAAUAUGUGCUAAACGGUUUUCACAAAAUUCUCAUUUAAAAGACCAUACGUCAACACAUUCUCAAGAAAAACCAUUUAAAUGUGAAAUAUGCUCUAAACAGUUUUCAACCAGAUAUUAUUUAAAACUACAUAUGAAAAUGCACACUGGAGAAAUUCAAUUUGAAUGUGAAAUGUGCACCAAAGAGUUUUCACAAAGAUCUCACUUAAAAGAUCACAUAAUGACGCACACUGGGGAGAAACCUUUUGCAUGUGAGGUAUGUUCCAAACAGUUUUCAAGAAAUACAAAUUUAAAACACCAUAUGUUAACACAUUCUCAAGAAAAAACAUUUAAAUGUGAAAUAUGUUCUAAGCAGUUUUCAUAUAGUUCUUCGUUAAAAGUACAUAUGAAAAUUCACACUGGAGAAAAUCGUUUUGAUUGUGAAAUUUGCAAUAAACAGUUUUCACGCUGUUCUACUUUAAAAGCACAUAUGAAUAUACACACUGUAAAAAAUCAAUUGAAAUGUGAAAUAUGCUCUAAACAGUUUUCAUAUAGUUCUUCGUUAAAAGUACAUAUGAAAAUUCACACUGGAGAAAAUCGUUUUGAUUGUGAAAUUUGCAAUAAACAGUUUUCAUGCUAUUCUACUUUAAAAGCACAUAUGAAUCUUCACACUUAA